AUGAAGAAUAUGGUCGCAAGAAACCAUUGCACAGUGACUGAAUUCUUCUUGGCUGGGCUCUCAGAGCAACCAGAACUCCAGAUGCCCCUCUUCCUCCUCUUCAUUGGAAUCUAUGUGUUCACUGUAGCAGGGAAUCUGGGCAUGAUCACACUGAUUGGGCUCAGUUCCCACCUGCACAACCCCAUGUAUUAUUUCCUCAGCAGUCUGUCCUUCGUUGACUUCUGUCAGUCCACUCUUGUGACUCCUAAAAUGCUGGUGAGCUUUGUGAGAGAGAAGAAUCCUAUAUCCUACUCUGGAUGCAUGACUCAGCUCUAUUUCUUUAUCAUUUUUGGUGCUGCAGAGUGUCACACACUAGGUGUAAUGGCAUAUGACCGCUAUGUGGCCAUCCGUCACCCCUUGCUUUACAGUAUAACCAUGUCCCAUCAGAUUACCAGUUCCCUGAUUUUAGGAGUGUAUAUUUUUAGUGUGCUCAGUGCAUUAGUUCUCACGGGCUUCAUGGUAAGGAUUUGUUUUUGCAAAUUAGAUACAAUCAACCACUAUUUCUGUGAUUUUCUUCCCCUCUUGAAGCUUUCAUGCUCUAAUACCUAUAUCAAUGAAUUGUUGAUUCUAAUUUUUGGUACAUUUAACAUUUUUGUCCCAAUUCUCACCAUUAUUACUUCCUACAUCUCCAUUAUUGCUAGCAUCCUCAGGAUUAAAUCCAAAGAAGGCAGGUCCAAAGCCUUCAGCACCUGUAGUUCCCACAUCUCUGCUGUUGCUGUCUACUUUGGUUCUGCUGCAUUCAUGUACUUACAGCCAUCAUCAGUAAAUUCCAUGGACCAAGGGAAAGUGUCAUCCGUGUUUUAUACUAUUGUUGUUCCCAUGCUGAACCCAUUGAUCUACAGCCUGAGAAAUAAGGAUGUCAGUGUUGCCUUGAAAAAAAUACUUCAAAGAAAAAAAAUUCAUGUUUCAUUAGUAAUGUGA